AGGGAAUUCUUUGAGGCUUCUGGUUGGCCAAAAGAGCGUGUCAAGCCCAUUUUCCGUCUCAUGCACGCUCUAACCAACUCUGGCCGCACCUCCCAUUGAAGAAAACUGCUCAUUAUCCAUUGGAUUUUAGAGUCAGUUUGGUCACGUGAUCGACGUGGUCACGUGUUGGUUGACGCGUGUACGUGUACUUUGUUUCCGUCUUUCGGUCGGAAUCUCUCCGGUGGCCGUGUCAAAAGUUGCGUUUGAUCAUCGCUGCUGUCUUGGAGCUUUCGUAGCAGGCGUAACAGUUUUUGCAAUGGCACUCGCGCAUAGCCUAGAAGAUCGCGUACGAGAACUGGAAGCCGAAAUCGCCCGGCUAAAAUGGGCGGAAGGGUCCAAUCCGCGUGGGAAGAUUUCCCAAAUGAGCUCCGAAGUGGUGGAUUCAAACCCCUACAGCCGCUUGAUGGCUUUAAAGCGCAUGGGAAUUGUAGAAAAUUAUGAGGCUAUCAGAACAUACACCAUAGCUGUUGUGGGAGUUGGUGGCGUAGGCAGUGUCACUGCCGAAAUGCUCACGAGGUGCGGAAUUGGAAAGCUGAUCUUGUUUGACUACGACAAGGUAGAACUUGCGAACAUGAAUCGGCUAUUCUUCCAGCCUCACCAAGCAGGCAUGAGCAAGGUGGAAGCAGCUGCAAAGACUCUGGAGUUUAUUAAUCCGGACGUCACCUUCGAGACAUACAACUACAACAUUACUACUGUGGAAAAUUUCCAGCACUUUAUGGAUACCAUUAGAACGGGCAACUUGCAAGGUGGGCCAGUGGACCUUGUGCUCAGCUGCGUCGACAACUUCGAAGCACGCAUGGCUAUCAACACUGCUUGCAACGAGCUUGACCAAGUCUGGAUGGAGUCUGGAGUCAGUGAAAAUGCUGUGUCCGGCCACAUACAGCUGGUCAUCCCCGGAGAAACUGCUUGCUUUGCGUGUGCUCCUCCCCUGGUAGUGGCUUCGAACAUUGACGAAAAGACACUGAAGCGUGAAGGAGUUUGUGCAGCUAGCCUCCCUACAACAAUGGGCAUUGUCGCAGGGUUUCUGGUACAGAACACACUCAAGUACCUCUUAAAAUUUGGCACUGUCUCCCACUACCUGGGCUACAAUGCACUGCAAGACUUUUUCCCAACAAUGCAGAUGAAACCAAACAGCCAGUGUGAUGACAGUUUCUGCCGACGUCGCCAAAAAGAAUUUCAGGAGCGAGAGGCAGCGAAGCCAAAACAAGAGGCUAAAGAAGAAGAAAAAGAGGAAAUAAUUCACGAAGAAAACGAAUGGGGGAUCUGCCUGGUAUCAGAGACACCGGAGGAAGACGGCAAAAGGGACACCCCUGAAGCUACUGUCCCCGGUCUUGUGUCUGGAGUGCGACUGGCUUACACCGUGCCUGCACCACAGCAGAUUGAAGACGAGGAACCGACAACCGGCACAGAACAGUCUCUCGAAGAACUCAUGGCCCAAAUGAAGUCCUUGUAAAAUGCGCCUAGAUAAAUCUUUUAUUUGAGCACACAA